CAUCCACCAAUAUAAAAUCCCAUAAGCUGUCUAUCUAUCGAGUCACCGCAUCUGAGACUCCGAUUUUCUGUGAAAGUUCUUGAAAAAUACAUCUAAAAUUAUCAAUUUCUGAGGCCACAAUUUGUUUAAGUUUCCGGGAAUCUUGUCCGAGAGAAUAAAGCCCAAGAUUAUGUCCACAACGGCUGGAUCAAGCAGCGGCGGAGGUGCCGGAGGUGGACGUGGCCGUAGCGGAGCAGCUAGUAGCAAUGGAGCAGCACCAGCUGCAGAUCCCCGAAAUGAUGCCAAGGAUGCCAAACCUAAUCCUAAGAUCUCCAAGGCACUCGGCACUUCGGCCAAACGCAUCCAGAAGGAACUGGCUGAGAUCACACUCGAUCCGCCGCCCAAUUGCAGUGCUGGACCUAAAGGAGAUAAUCUCUAUGAAUGGGUAUCGACAAUUCUAGGACCUCCGGGAUCGGUCUAUGAAGGUGGUGUCUUCUUCCUGGAUAUUCACUUCUCUCCCGAGUACCCCUUCAAACCUCCCAAGGUGACCUUCCGCACUAGGAUAUACCACUGUAACAUCAAUAGCCAAGGUGUCAUCUGCCUGGACAUCCUGAAAGACAACUGGUCGCCAGCACUGACUAUAUCAAAAGUCCUACUAUCAAUUUGUUCACUACUGACAGACUGCAAUCCGGCUGAUCCACUUGUGGGAAGUAUUGCUACGCAAUAUCUGCAAAAUAGAGAAGAGCACGACAGAAUUGCCAGACUGUGGACUAAGCGAUAUGCUACGUGAUUUCCCCGUCUUCGAUGCAUGUAUUUUAUAUUUUUAUUGACAAAAUUGUCGUACUAAUCAUAGCAAAACCUCUUAGUAGUUAAAAAAUAUGGAGCUAAAGAAAAAGAUUAAAAAAAAUGACGGUAAAAAAAGCGAGAGGAAUUAUUAUUAAAAAAAAAAAGAAAAGAAAAUCCCAUUGAGAUGGCACGACUGGUUGUGUGUGUAAGAAGAAAAAAAAGGGAUGAGAAGAUAGAUAAGUGAGAAAUCCUACUGGAUAUAAUUGUGAAAAAAAUAAUUUCCAUAAUCAAUUGUUGUAACUACCCUUGUGAAGAAACCCCGCCCCAUAUACACACACACAUAAGCAAAAUUUAAAGUCAAAAUCAAUUUUGAAAACGCUGUCCAAUUUAAUGCAGUUGCUUUUUUUAAGAAGGUUUUUCAUAUAUUUUUUUAAUUUAUUUAUUUUCAUCGUGUGUGGCCAAUGGAAAUAAAGCGUUAUUGCGAUUUUUGGAAUAAAAUAAUUUUUAUGAGCAUA